AUGACCUACGUGCUAAUCCAGUCUCCUCCGAUUAUGACCAUGUCAACUCUCGGCAAAGAUGUUAAUAGUUGGAGCUCCGUAUCGAGGUCAUCUGAGCAUAAAGUUGGAGCAUAUAUACUGAUGACUGAAAUAUUGCAGAAUUUUCCCUUGAGACAGCCGACAGGAGGAAGACGGGAAACAAAUCACAUUCACGCAUUAAUUAGAAGGAUUGUGGAUAUUGACCGUUUGACUUGCAACAUCCAUAAGCCUUCUGACGUUACAAUCAACUAUCCAGCACCUCACCGCGUUUACAAUGUGUUAGCGGAUAGUUUCCUUGACGGAUUUUGUACUUAUCACGGUGCGUCAAAAGCCGCCAUAUCAAUAACCCUUGGAGAUAAGGAUAUGGAUCUCCAACUGCCAUUGGGAUGA